AUGAAAGAAUCGUGUAUAAUCGCGUUUUGUAUCGUUGGGAUCGGUAACGUUCUAUAUUGUAUAUCCGCGUAUCCGGAAGCGACACCGCCAAUCGGAAAAAUACGCGGCUCCGUUUCGACUUCAAGGCUUGGGAAAAAGAUUUAUUCCUUCCGCGGUGUGAGAUACGCCGAGCCUCCUACAGAACGACGCCGUUUUCAGAUUGCAACACCAGCGGCAGAUUGGAACGAUGUUUUCGACGCUUCGAACGAGGGUCCAGGAUGUCCAAAUUUGGAUCAAACGGAUCUCAAAUCCGAGGAUUGUUUGCGUUUGAACGUGUAUACUGGAAAACUUCCAUCGAGAGACGAAAACGUGACAAGGCCGGUAUUAGUAUUUUUCCAUCCGGGCGGAUUUUAUCUAUACUCCGGUCAAAGUUAUUUCUUCGGCCCACAAUAUUUGUUAGAUCAUGAUAUCGUUUUGGUCACCGUCAAUUUUCGUCUCGGCACAUUAGGUUUCAUAAGCACGGGGGAUUCGCACGCGCCGGGUAAUCUAGGCUUGAAAGAUCAGGUAUUGGCGCUUCGUUGGGUUCGAAGGAACAUCGCCGCGUUCGGAGGGGAUCCGAAUUCCGUCACUAUUAGCGGUUGCAGCGUUGGCGGUCUGAGCGUGUGGCUGCACAUGGUUUCGCCUAUGUCGAAGAAUUUAUUCCACAGAGCUAUCGUGAUGAGCGGAUCCCUUUUAAACGCGGAACCAUAUCCGACCCAGCAAAUCGAUCUCGCGAGGAAACAAGCGAAACUUUUACACUGUCCAGACGACAACUCUGAAGAUAUGCUGGCCUGUCUGAGAUCGAGGCCCGUUGCCAACUUUACCGACACCAUGAUCGAAUUUUUCGAAUGGCACGGAGAUCCAAUUCUGAUCUGGAAGCCUGUCGUGGAACCGAAAGUUCCGGGGCUGGAAAGAUUUCUACCGGAUCAACCGGUUGAACUCAUAAGACGGGGAAAGUUUCACAAAGUUCCAGUCAUAUUUGGGAUAACGAAGGACGAAUUCGGAGGAGUGGUUGUCGCGUUUGAGAAUAGCACAAGGACGAGGAACGAUAUAUAUCGCGAUAUGAGUGAGAAUUGGUAUCGAAUUGCACCGAUUAGUUUUAUUUACGAGCGAAACACAUCACGAUCGCGAUUCAUCAGCAAGGAAUUGCGAAAAUUUUACUUCGAAGGGGGGCCAAUCGAUUCCGCUCGAAGAGACGGUCUCGCGCAUAUCUACGAAGACAGUAUAAUUAAAUUUCCUCAAUAUCGCGGGGCAAAAUUGAUAGCUGAGAACUCUCAAGCCCCCGUGUAUUUCUACAUGUUUUCCUAUCAAGGACGUUUCAGCUUCUCCAAGUGGAAUUCUACGACUCCUUACGGCGUGGAGCAUCAAGACGAUUUGCAAUAUCUGUUUUACAUGGAGAAGAUCUUUCCAUAUUUCGAUGAAUUCGCGCCCGAAACCCGGAUGGUUGAAUUGUACACGUCUGUGUGGGCGAGCUUCGCGAAAAAUGGCGAACCUUUCGUUCCAAAUGAUAACGAAGCGUUUGGAGGCGUCACGUGGGACAGAUUCGCGCGAGACAAUUAUCUGGAGAUCAACUUGAACUCCACUAUGAGAACUGGUUUAUAUUCCGAUAGAAUGAGGGAAUGGGAAAACUUAUUCCCAUUAUCUCUGAUGUCAGAGGUUUAAAUAAAUUCUUCCUUUUUAUGUUUG